AACUUGGUUCACGAAUUCGCGGGGUCGGUGGGGUCGGCCAUCUGCCUGAAUCGCAGCCGAAGCCACGUCAUAUUUCGUGUGCCGCUUGGAAGCGAGCUGAACGAGCUGGCUCGCGUUGGUUCUCACGUUAGAAUUACGUUCCCGGGACCGCAGACAUGAAUAUAUUCCGGCUGCUGGGUGAUCUGUCGCAUCUCCUAGCUAUUAUCAUACUCCUCCUCAAGAUAUGGAAGACGCGGAGUUGCGCCGGUAUCAGCGGCAAGUCGCAGAUCCUCUUCGCUAUUGUUUACACCAGCCGUUAUCUAGACCUGUUCACCACAUUCAUUUCGGCGUACAACACGUUCAUGAAGAUUAUAUUCAUCGUCGCGUCCUUAGCAACUGUCUUCUUGAUGUAUGUCAAGUUUAAAGCCACGUACGAUCACAAUCACGACACGUUCAGGAUCGAGUUCCUGCUUUUACCGACAUUGGUACUGGCGUUACUGAUCAACCACGAGCUCUCCUUCGUGGAGGUUCUAUGGACAUUCAGCAUUUAUCUAGAAUCAGUGGCGAUAUUACCGCAGUUGUUUCUGGUGUCGAAGACAGGCGAGGCGGAGAGCAUCACCAGUCACUACUUAUUUGCAUUAGGAUCUUACAGAGGCUUGUAUCUGUUCAACUGGGUCUACCGCUACUACGCUGAGGAUCAUUACGAUUUGAUCGCCAUAGUUGCUGGAUUGGUGCAGACAGUUCUUUAUUGUGACUUUUUCUACCUCUAUAUUACCAAAGUACUGAAGGGAAAGAAGCUACAACUACCUGCUUAGCUUCAGUUGAGAGUAUUAUCCUCUUGUAUCGGAGAAUUUGAUUCGAAUUUGCCUGUUCUUCGGCGUUUGCCAAACAGAGAUAAGUCCGGGCAGACCUGGGAGGCUCGUGGAAUGCAGUGCAUGUUUCUGCUAAGCGUGCAAUAUUUCGCAGCAUACUUUCCAUCUGUCAAAUAUUCUCUUCCUACCCUCAUUCGUCAUCCCUUGUAUGCUGUGCCUCUCGCUGGGACUUCUUUCCAGGGUGAGAUCUAAGUUGCCUCUUUUAUUCUUUUCGUACUUCAGUGUCAAGAAACAUAUACAUAAUUAUAGAAUUCAAAAUAAUCAUUUAUUUUACGAAUUUAGAUAUUUGACAUGAUGUGAUUGGGGAUAAAACGAAAAACAAAUUGUAUAAAUCACAGAAUUUUCAUUAAUAAUUACAGUUUAUAUGGUUGUGUAAUUUUCAGUAAUAAACAUAGUUAUAUUAAUUAAAUAUAAUUAUAUAUGACAGUA